CCUCCUUCCAUCGCGAACCCAACCCAAUCCAAUCUACCCAGUCUUUUGCACACGACCAUCUAGAAAAGCUUACCCUCAAGACCACAUAUUUGCCUCGUUAUACCAACCGACAUUCUUUUUAAUUACAAAAGUAAACAGCCUCCCGAUAUCUUCAGACAACCAUCCCCCUGCAGUCAACAUCAUGUCAAGAGAUCGUCGUAUAAUGAAGGAACUUGCAGACAUCCAACAUGAUCAUGACAGCUCGGGUGUAAAUGCGAUUCUUGUUUCCGAGGGGAACAUGACACAUCUCAAAGGGAGCUUUCCCGCUCCUCCAGAUACCCCUUACUCUGGCGGCACCUACACCAUCGACAUUCAGAUCCCUGAUCAAUAUCCGUUCAAGGCACCGUCGAUGAGAUUUGACACAAAGAUUUGGCACCCCAAUGUCAGCAGUCAGACGGGCGCCAUCUGUCUCGACACACUUAGCUCCAACUGGUCUCCCGUCCAGACUAUCAAGACCGCCCUCCUCUCUCUUCGACUGCUACUCGAAUGCCCAAACCCCAAAGACCCCCAAGACGCAGAGGUUGCAAAAAUGAUGAUGGACAGCCCUGAACGCUUCGCCGCCAAGGCCCACGACUGGGCAGUUCAACACGCUGGAGCUCCGCGAAGAGAUGUCGAUCUUAGUCAAUACAAAAGUGAAGGCGCUCCUGCACCCCCUAAAGUCGAUGCAGCCCGGUACAUGGGCUACAACAAGGACCUCGUCGAGAGAUUCGUCAACAUGGGCUUUCCUCUCGACAAUGUUGUUGAGGCCUUCAUUGCUAUUGGUAUUGAACGUAACGGGGGCCGAGACUACGUGUUGGAGGAGGCAUACAUGGGCGACAUUGUCGCCAGGCUCCUCGGCGAGCAAUAA